GGAGCGCGAGCUGUUCAAAUAGGGAGAGGAAGGAGGCGAGGACGUUGGUGUCUGGGAUUGAGGCGCGUCUGUUUUGGGUGCUUCAGGAAGGAGCCGGAGCGUGUUAUUUUUUCCUUCCGCGGCAUUGCUGUCUCCUCUAAGUCACUUUAGGAAGGAGCCGGAGCUUUUUUUUCUUCCCCCCCCCCCGCUCUCCGCGCGCGGUAGGCCUCAGGAUGACUUCUCAGGGCGGCGGGAAGAAGGAGGAAAAGGGCAAGAACAUUCAGGUGGUGGUCAGGUGCAGGCCCUUUAAUACAUCUGAACGAAAAUCAAAUUCCUACUCUGUAGUAGAGUGUGAACAUGCAAGGAAAGAAAUUACUGUUCGCGCUGGAAGUGUGAAUGAUAAAACUUCAAGGAAGACAUAUACCUUUGACAUGGUUUUUGGGGCUCAAGCCAAACAAAUUGACGUGUACCGCAGUGUCAUCUGUCCCAUCUUGGAUGAAGUGCUUAUGGGCUAUAACUGUACUGUAUUUGCUUAUGGUCAAACUGGUACAGGAAAGACCUUCACUAUGGAAGGAGAAAGAUCCCCUAAUGAAGAAUUUACAUGGGAAGAGGAUCCUCUUGCAGGUGUUAUUCCUCGUACACUUCAUCAAAUAUUUGAGAAGCUUGCAGAGAAUGGUACAGAAUUUUCUGUUAAAGUGUCUUUACUGGAGAUAUACAACGAAGAGCUAUUUGAUCUUCUGAAUCAAUCACCAGAUGUUGGCGAAAAGCUACAAAUGUUUGAUGAUCCACGUAAUAAGAGAGGUGUGAUAAUCAAGGGUUUGGAAGAAAUAACUGUGCAUAACAAGGAUGAAGUCUAUGAAAUCUUAGAAAGGGGAGCAGCAAAAAGAAAGACUGCAGCUACUUAUAUGAACCAGUACUCUAGUCGAUCUCAUUCAGUCUUCUCUGUCACAUUACACAUGAAAGAGACAACAAUAGAUGGAGAAGAGCUUGUUAAAAUUGGGAAACUAAACUUGGUUGAUCUGGCGGGAAGUGAAAACAUUGGUCGUUCUGGAGCAGUUGAUAAAAGGGCUCGUGAAGCAGGGAAUAUUAACCAGUCCCUUUUGACUCUGGGCAGAGUCAUUACUGCGCUUGUGGAAAGAGCUCCGCAUAUUCCAUACAGAGAAUCCAAGCUCACCAGAAUUCUCCAGGAUUCUCUUGGAGGACGCACAAAAACAUGCAUCAUUGCAACCAUUUCCCCUGCUUCAAUCAAUCUUGAGGAAACUCUGAGCACUCUUGAAUAUGCUCAUAGAGCCAAGAAUAUCAUGAACAAGCCUGAAGUGAAUCAAAAACUUACAAAACGAGCGCUCAUCAAGGAGUAUACAGAAGAGAUUGAACGCUUAAAAAAGGAUCUUAUUGCAGCACGAGAGAAACAUGGUGUCUAUAUUUCUCUGGAAAACUAUGAUGCUCUUCAUGGGAAGCUGACAGCUCAGGAGGAACAAAUUGCAGAAUAUGUGGAUAAAAUUGCUGCAAUGGAAGAAAAUCUGAAAAGGGUCACCGAGUUAUUCACAGUUCAAAAAGAUCAAAUGGAAAGGUGUCAAGCAGACCUACAGGUCAGAGAAAAGGAACUGGAGGACACACAGAAGCACUUGGAAGUAACCAAAGUUCGUCUUUUUGAAGAAGAGUAUGUGGCAUCCAAUUUGGAGACUACAGAAGAAAAGCUUCAUGGCACCGCUACCAAGUUACUUAGUACAGUUGAAGAGACUACCAAAGAUGUGUCCGGUCUGCAUGCAAAACUAGAUCGCAAAAAAGCUGUUGAGCAAAAUAAUGCAGAAGCCCAAAAGACAUUUAGAGAGCACAUGAAUGCUCUCUUUGGGGAAAUGCAGAACUCUGUUAAGGAGAACUAUUGCAAACAGCGGCAGAUUCUAGACUCUUAUGCCUUUUCAGUUGGUGAUCUUCUGUCUACCAGCUCCUCGGCUUUUGGAGUUACUGCCGCAACUAUAGAUGCAGCAUUCAACUCCGUAAAAGAAAUGGUUUCUUCUGAAGUUUCCCUAACUUCUGAAGCACUACUCAAGCAGGAAUCACUGACAUCUCAGAAUAGAAAAGUCUUGCAAAAAGUGAUUGAAGAGCAUGCAUCUGGACUGGACCGAGCACUCAGUAGUCUGUCGCCCAUAGUGAAACUUGUAUUGAAUUUAAAUUCUGAACUCCAGAAUAACUUAAAGAAACACACAUCCCUGGCUGAAAAGAUGACAUGCUAUAAAGAAGAAAUGGCUGCCUUCUUCCAAGGCCAUUCUCUUGCUUUGAGUAAACUGCAGGAAGACACUUCCAGAAUGUUUUCUCAGCUUCAGCAAGAUUAUGAGCACUUGGAGAAACAGAUGGAGAUAACCAAACUGGCACAAAAAAAGGGUACAGCCCAGCUGAUUGUUUCUUUAAAAGACCAAUUGAAUUUGCUUGAGCAAGAGACUCAGUUGAAUCUGAACGAUGCUCUAGAGAAAGGUGGAAGACUCAAGCAGAAUAUAGCCACUACACAAGACAAUAUAACUGUGCAAACUACAGGACUUGCCACGUCUACAUCAUCCCAGCACAGUAUAUUGACCCUGCCAUUGGAUGACUUUUCUCAAGAGAUCAGGCAGUCCAGCUCUGAAAACAUUAAGAUACUGUUGCAGUCAACUAGUCAUUGUGAAGACUUUGGUAAGAGUCUGGAAUGUAUGUGCCAAGAAACAGAAAGCUGGGGUGAAACUGCAACAUCAAAAAUAACUUGUGUAGCUGAUCAACAGUGUGCGUUUCUCAGCAGCCAGAAGGAACACCUACAAAGUAUUUACAAGAAUCUGGAUGACAACUGCAGUGCAUCAGUUGCUAAGAUCACAGAUCAUGUUGGCCGGCAAAAAGAUACUCAAGAGACUGUCCUCAAGGGACUCCUUGACAAGAUGCCAAACGAUAAGAACGUACUUAUGACACAGAAAGAGAUGCUCCUUGAGAAAUCAAAACAUGGCUUGAUCCGAGUUAAUGGAUUUGUGGGAGAAGAACUCAAAGUAGACAUUCCAACAGGAACCACCCCACAGAGGAAAGAUUACCGUUAUCCUGUGACAGUUGUGAAAUCAGAACCCCGUGAUGUCUUGCUUGGAAAAUUAAGGCAAAAGCAGCUGGAGCUCGGAGCUGCUGAGAUCUUGGAUCAGAAUUCCUUGAUGGAGGAAGAAGAGAUAAGAGAGACCAAUGAGAGCCUGGCCUGUGAAAAUUUCUUCUUUGAUACCAGUCUCUGUAUUCAAACAAGCAAUGGUGUGCCCUUCUUCCAGCGUAAAAAGAAUGGCAAAAAGGAUAAAGAGAACAAAUUGACUGUCUUCCUGGAUAAAACAAAGGAAGAAGAUGCAACGGAUACGUCAUUUUCAAAGUCAAAAUAUACCUUAAGAAUCCAGAAUUAAGAUGUGCAACCUUUAUGCUUCGCCUAAUCUCCAGUCCUGCAUAGUGUAUCACUUGGAACCGUCUAUAUUGGUGUAGUUUUGGUGUCAUAGUUUGCCUGUAUUUUGUAUUUAGCAGAAUUUAAAAUUUUCAUACUUAAAUUUUAAAUUUUCAUACUUAAAUUUUAAUUUUUUAUACUUAAAUAAAAAAAAAACCUUGCAAUUUUUCCCUAUGAGGAACAGGUGGCAGAAGAUUUCACAUGUGCCUUUUGUUAAAUGAGAACUAUAACAUGAUGUUCCAUGUCUUCCUAUCCUUUUACACAGAAUAAUUGUGUCAAAGCAUCUUACAAAGCAGAUGUUCAUGAUCUGUGGCCCUCCAGAUGUUAAUCACCCUUGUCUGUGCUGGGUACAGCUGACAAUAGCUGGAAUACCUAUAUCAUUUGGACUGUCACAUAUACCCCACCUGCUUAAAAACAGUCCUAUGAUCCUUUUUAAAGAAAAUGUAUUUUGUAUGUAUUAUUUUUUGCCAGACUCAACUUCAUAGGAUGAAUGACAUAUUACACUAUAUAACAACAUUUGAAAAAAAAAUUUGUUCCUGCUUUGAAAGUGUUAUUUACUGUUUAAUUGUGUGGUACAUUCUUUGAAAGUAUUUGUUAUAUUUUGUUUUUGUGGCUGCUACAAACUAUAUUGAAUUGGUUGAGACCCAAGGAUAUAUUCACUGAAAAAGUAUAGCAAAAUGUGCUACAGGAUGUCUCGCAAAAACAAAGUUUUUGUAGUUUAAUAAACUUUUUCCAUGUUUUUAUGAUAGAACCAAUUAGGAAAUGACAUGUAUAACCCAGGAAGAAAAAUCAUGUUACAUAGUGCGACUUUUGGAUUGCAUACAGUCCCCUGGUGCAAUCAAUAUCUCAACAUCCGUUUUUUUUUUUUUUUAACUAUUUAAGGCAUUUCUAAUACCUUCUAGGAACCAUGGCUUUCCCUCCCCCCAAACUGUUUAAGGUUGUGAGGCUUCCCCCCCCCUUCAAAAAAAACUUUGGAAGUUA